AUGUCCUCAAUUACACCUCAACCAUCAACUUCUAAACAUGCUGAUGAAUUGGAAUCCCCACCGUCUUCUUCUGAAGAAGCUGGAGACAUAAGAAAAAAAAUCAUAAAGUCCUAUACUCAGAAAUAUACCGCUGCAUGGGAACAAGAACCUGAAUUUAAAGGUUGGCUGAGAAGCGGCAAGAAAGUAUCCAAUUAUGCAUUCUGCAAGGUAUGCAAUAAAGAUUUUAUAUGUGACAAAUCCGAAAUCCAGAAACAUUUUUCAUGA